AUGAAUUGCAACGAACUCCAAGAAAACGCCAAGGGCGAGCACUACAUUAUCAAGCGGCCCAAGGCGCUGCAGUGGUUCUGUGAUGGAGAGCUGCAAAAGGACAGCGACGAGGAGCGCCAAGCCGGCCGCUUUGAGCUAUUCCUAGAUUUACUAUACGUUGCCAUUGUCGCCAAUCUCAGCGAGGAGCUCAGCGAGCACCCGGACGGCGCGCACGUUGCAAAGUACAUUCUCACCUUUACGCCGGCGUGGCACAUUUGGGUCGACCUGCGCGAGAUUAUGAACUCGUACUACACCGACGACCUGGUGCAGCGCCUCACCAUCCUCUGGGUCAUGGCGCUGCUGGUGCUCUUUGCCAACAAUGCCAACCACGUCGACGACGACCUGGGCGCCAUGCGCACCGCCGCCGGCGCCUACGUCGCCGCGCGCUUCACCACGAUGCUGUUUUUCCUCGUCAGCUCCUUUGCGAGCUACGCGCACCGGCUGCAGGCGCGCAUCAUGACGUGCUUUAUGCUGGUCGGCUUGCUCAUCACCACGCCGCUGUUUCUCGAGAGCGUCAGCGUCGGCGCCAAGGCGGGCGUCGUCGCCGUCAUGAUCGUCUACCAGGAGCUGACGUGGAGCGUGACGCUGAGUCCCUGGCUCAAGCGCCGCCUCAAGCUCCGUUACAGCACUGCGGUUGAUAUCGCGCACGAGAUUGAUCGCAUGGCGGCCUUUUUCAUCAUCAUCCUCGGCGAGUUUGUGUACAUUGUCAUUGUGGGCAACCCGGCCGGGAUUGGCCUGACGCCUGGCUAUGGCAAAGCUGUCUGCACCCUCGUUAUAGCCUUUUGUCUCAAUUGGAUCUAUGUCAGCGGCGACGGCAGUCUGAAAGCCACACACCCUAUCCGUCGCUCUGCGUGGACCGCCUUUGGCUUCUUCCUGCUGCACCUCCCCAUGGCGGCCGCGUUCCUCAUCGCCGGCCACAUUGCCGCCUUGAGCGUCAGUGUCGAGGAUUUUGAAGAGGGACAGCGAUGGCUUCUGGGCGUUGGUCUCGGCAUUGGCUUGCUGUGCCUCUGGGUGUACGGCAUGCUCUACAAGGCAGAGGAGCGCCACGACCUCAUACUGCCCAAGACGUUGCGCGUCGGCAUGCGCCUGGUUGUUGCCGUCAUUUUAAUGGUGAUUCCAGCUACGCAUGGGCAUUUCAACGCGACCCAGUUUGUGGUCUUGGUCAUGGGGCUCGUUGCCUUUUUGACAAUUUGGGAGACGAUUGGAGGGCUUCUCAAGGGCACGACCAUUUUUGAGCCUUGGACCGACAUUCAUCCUCCGUCUGGGCCGCUGCCGAGAGGCGCGGCGGCUAGCACGCAGAAUUUCGAGGGUCUCAUUGAAAGCUAA